CUUAAUUGUGCACGCCCACUUUUUAGCCCCACGAGCCGCCCCUGCUUUUCUUCUUAUAUUAAAGAUUUGUUCUUCCCGAAGCCUCACGUCUUGUCUCCCGUCCAUGAUCAAAGUCCCACCUAGAUCUAUAUAAAAACCACGAAAAAAGACAGUGAGUCAAUUGGAUCAGGUGAUGUGCAGGUUGUUUUCGGGAAUUCAAGGAAUGUCGUCAGUGCUGGAUUUACCAUCCGUCCUAUUUAUAGGUUGACUGCUCCGCCAAUCAAAACUCGUUGAAGAGAAGAGUCAGUUCUUUAAAUAGAAUGUAGGCACUAUGUCUUUUUCUGGAAAAUGGAAAGUCAAAAUAUGACCCUGUGUCUGUGUGGCAUCGACUUGUCGGGCGUUCAGCCUUUGUAAAUUAUGUAGGCCGAAACCAACAGAAGUUUUACAGCUUGUCAGCAUUGUCGGUCAUUCAGUGGUAUAAGGUUUCGGUUUCUGUCGUCGCGAAAAGAGGUUACCAGAUACUUACAGACACAGGCCCCGUUCGGCUCAGUCUAGUGAAAGGAAUUAUCCCAUGAUCAUCGAUUCGGAAUCAAGAUCUCUAGAUCGUAGUAUAGAUCUGACUAGAUACCUGGACGAAGAUUCAGUUCAUUGACAUAUAUAUGUGCCACUUGUUGUUAUAUAUUCCUUUGACUACAAGGUGUUAUUAUAUAAGUCGGUCCUGGACAUUCUUGGACAUUCUCUCAGUUCAGCUUGGAAACGAUUCUGGUUUCACAGGCUGCUUUUGAGCCUGCUUCUCAGUGCGAACUCCUGUGAAAUUACUGUGACAGAUUGGUGACUUAUACAAUGGAUUCAGACGAACCACAGAAAGGAAAGAGGGGCAGGAAGAGACAAAAUGAUGAGGAAAGUUUAACAGGUGAAGAACUGAAGAAAAAACAAAAAAACAGAGAUGCUGCUAAGAAAUGCAGACAAAAGAAAGUGAAGGAGGCUGAAGAUUUAAAACAGAGGAAUAAUCAGUUGGAAAAUGAAAAUGAGGAUCUUUCGAAGAGAAAAAUUCAUUUAGAAGAAGAGGUCAACAAACUGUCACAAAUUAUUCGAGAUCACAUGAAAAGAGGAUGUCAACUACCCGUUCAUGUGAGGUCCAUCUUGGAGAAUUCAUGCUCCAACUCUACUCACAGUCAUCUCCAUGAUGCUUCUGCUGUACAGCCCACGGUCACUGCUGUUCCACAGAAUCUUCCUGAAUCUGAUUCCUUUACUUCAAAACCGCCUGCAGCUGUAAUGCUCUUCAGUGGAAAACCUAUCCAAGAGGGCACAAGGAGCAGACCGCAGCAGUCAGUGUCCAUUGUAAGGAGCCCUUCCUCCCAGUCCCCAUCACCCAGAACGGUCACUCCCAAUCAAGGGGUGAACCAAGGUGCUCUAAGUGAGCCAGGAGAACAAUUAGACUUAAGUGACUUUCUGAUGAAAGGCGCUGCCAUUCCUCAGUCUGGACCUCUAGCGCCGGUCCGUCACAUCGUUGACAAUCCCCCGCGAAUGCAGCUGCGGAAUCAGUAUUCCUCCGAGUCGAGCAGCAGUGCUAUGAGUAUUCCUUCUGUCGUGUAUGAGGAGAACGACAUUGACGAGACCUCUGUCAGCCAUCAGAUGUCUGUGAGAAGUUCUGGUUUGAACAUGAAUGAACUCAUGAACAGAGCUUUGAGAAAAUCCAGAGAGGAGCCUGGUAUUGAAGCUGAGACUCACACGAACAGUUUUUAUGACCAGAAUGUCGAGAAUUACGGCAGCCUGUACAACACAGACAAUGUUACCAAUGUUAUUGUGAGUGAUGGUGUGCAACAAAUUGUUGUUGGUGGCUCCUCAAUUAACCCCUCCUAUAUGGAGAACCAAGUGGUUCCUGGUAACGUUGCAGUUACAAGUGGUCAGAAUAUUGUGGUCCAAAGAAUGAUGGUUAGUGGCACACCACAACCUUCAGCAGACAAUGGCUCUUUGAAUAUCUCAACGGCAGAGCUGCUGGCCCCAGCCUUGUUGAACAUUUCUCCUUCGGAGAUGUCGCCCUCCCUUCAGCAACAAAUUAAAAGUAACUACAGCACUUCUUCCAGGUCUUCCGUGUCCUCCUCCCCAUCUUUGUCGUUGUCUUCUCAACAGAUUGCCAACACUUCUGCCACAGAAUUCCAAGUGGACCACUCACAGAGUGAACAGAUAAGUCAGCAUGCUGUGUACGCUCAGAGUCCGCAAGACCAAAUGCUUCUGAUGCAACAACAGCAGCAGCAGCCUGUACAAACUGUUGAUGUUCCCAUGGCUCGUCCUACUCAGAACCAAUCUGCAUCUAAUGUGCAGAAUUCCAACAAACCACUCAUUGUAAAGAAAGAUGGUAACAUUUUAGUGUUGGAGCCCAAACCCAAUGGUAAACAUUUAGUGCACCACUUAAAAGGCAAAGAGCUUGUCAAUACUGGUAUUGAAGUAGAUAUUAAGAGGAACCACCAAGGCACUGUGGCUCAAACUGAACUACAAACUGCCUCAGUACCUCAUGUUGUCAAUGGUGUAGGUAUGGAAGUAACCAGGAUGGGAACACAGUCUGUAGAGAGUCAACCAAAUAGUGCUGCUUUUGUGGUCAACUCUGAGCAGACAAACCAGUCUCUGUAUGUUCAAGUACCAUCUAGUGGUGCCACACAGGUACCGGUAGACCGUUUGGCCCUUCCCGGUAUGACUUACACCAUAGAAACGCAGAUUAUGUAAUUUUCCCCUAUAUGGUAUAGCAAAGCCAACCCAAAAGUACUGUCAAAAUUGUCUAAGACGGCCGCCUACCGUUGAGAAGAAAAAUGGUAAUUCUAGACAGAUGGACGUCUUGCAGAAUGUCAUUACAAUAUUACCCACCCACCCCAAAAAAAAAAAAUACACAGGAGCUGAUGAGCGGGAAAUGAUCAGCUGUAGAGUCUUUUAUAUUUAUACAUAUGUUCUUAUACCGUGGUUAAUGGUAUUACUGUACACCAGGCGUUUUUCAUGUUCUACAUGAAUUUUCAGUUUUUGUGAUUUUGAAAGAAACCUGUGAAUUCCAAGUCAUGAAAUGUUAGAGUAUUAUUUGAGUGUUAUUAAGACUAUACUUUGUCUUUAAAUGUCUAUCUUAUUUAACUUGUUUUCUGCACUUCGUGGCAUUGGAGUUCAAUUGCAAUGAAAAAUUAGAUGGCUGUAUACUAGUAUACAUCUAGAAGUAUUUCAGACAGCAUAAAUUACACUGAGCAAUUCAGAUCGCAAAUUCGAAAUGUUCAGGAAAAACUAAAUGUGC